CAUCUAUUAACCGUCGUCUCUAGAAACGGGCGCCAUUUUUGCAUAGAUCAUUCGGCGCUGUACAUGAAAGAGGUCUGCAGAAAAAUGUCUUUUUGCCUACAGUUUACGUGCGGAGUUAGAGACGUCGUAUAAAACUGCCAUGGAGACCAUAGUAACUGCCGGGAGAAACAAAGUGCGAGGAAGUGACGCGGUGAGGAAAGUCGUGUUGUGCUGUGGAAACGAUUACAGAGCAGAGGGGGAUGUGGGAGAGAAUUGUGCAGGAUAUCUCAUCUAGAUAAUUCACAUUGCAGUAGAAUGGACUGGAAGAAAAGUCUCAAAGAAAAGCUGGAAAAAGAUAAUAAAGCCAGAAAAAGUGAGGAAGAGAUGAAAGAUGAAGAAAUGACCAUUUUCACCAAGUUUUAUGCAGAAUGGAAAGGUGGCCAGAAUGACUCAAAAUCCCAAAGCAUCCCUCGAUUCUACUACAGGUUACCAGCAGAGGACGAGGUGUUACAGCAGAAGCUGAGGGAAGAGUCACGAGCUGUCUUUUUACAGAGGAAGAGCCGAGAAUUACUAGACAAUGAGGAACUGCAGAACUUAUGGUUUCUUCUGGACAAGCACCAGUCAUUUCCCAUGAUUGGUGAGGAAGCCAUGAUUAACUAUACCAACUUUCAAAUUGUUGGUGAAAAGGCUGGGCCAAAAUGCAAGCCAUUUUUUACAGCUAAAGUCUUCAGCAAACUUAUUUACAAUGAUCCCUAUGGCAGGAUAUCAAUUAUGCAGUUUUUCAACUAUGUUAUGAGAAAAGUAUGGCUCCACCAAACAAGAAUAGGUUUAAGCCUGUAUGACGUGGCAGGUCAAGGCUACCUGAGAGAGUCGGACUUGGAGAAUUAUAUCCUUGAGCUUAUUCCUACCCUGCCUCAACUGGACGGUUUAGAGAAAUCCUUUUAUUCUUUCUAUGUCUGCACUGCUGUCAGGAAAUUCUUCUUUUUCCUUGAUCCUCUAAGGACAGGAAAGAUAAAAAUACAGGAUAUUUUAGCUUGUAGCUUCUUGGAUGAUUUACUGGAGCUACGUGAUGAAGAACUUUCUAAAGAAAGUCAAGAAUCUAACUGGUUUUCAGCCCCCUCUGCACUGAGGGUUUAUGGUCAGUAUCUUAAUCUUGAUAAGGAUCACAAUGGGAUGCUGAGUAAAGAAGAGCUGUCCCGAUACGGAACUGGUACCUUGACUAGUGUCUUUUUAGAUCGAGUGUUCCAGGAAUGCUUGACCUACGAUGGCGAAAUGGACUAUAAGACAUAUUUAGACUUUGUCUUAGCUCUGGAGAACAGGAAAGAACCAGCUGCCCUGCAGUAUAUAUUCAAGCUUCUGGAUAUUGAAAACAAAGGCACCCUGAAUGUAUUUUCUCUGAAUUACUUCUUCAGGGCCAUUCAGGAACAAAUGAAAAUUCAUGGACAAGACCCUGUCUCUUUUCAAGAUGUAAAGGAUGAAAUCUUUGACAUGGUAAAACCAAAAGAUCCGCUUCGCAUUACACUUCAAGAUCUUAUCCAUAGCAGCCAAGGAGACACUGUGUGCAGUAUUCUUAUAGAUCUUAAUGGGUUCUGGACAUAUGAAAACCGAGAAGUCCUUGUAGCUACAGAUGGAGAAAGCCCUGCUGACACUGAAGAUACAUAGGCAUUAACUGAAAAAGACUACUUCAGUCUAUUAGACCUAACCCUGUUGUUUGUUUCAUAUUUAUGGAAUAUUGUGUGAAUACUAAAAUAGAAAUAAUGUGGAUGAACUUUUUUUAUUUUAAGACACUUUUGUGCUUAGCUUAAUAAGAGUAGUGGCUUCUCAAAAAGGAGAUAUCAAACUUUUCCCAAGCAAGAAAUAUCUGGGAAAAAUGGGCAGAGCUCCUCAUGGGAUGGUUACGUUUUACCAAUAUGGAGAGAAAUAGGUGAAAAUAGAACCCACAGUGUUUCCGUGGUCCUCCCACCUGAUACAGUUGUGUAAAAGACACAACUACACAUGUGCAUGCAAGAAGUGGUGCUGCCUCCCGGUGUCAGCUCCAGUGACAAACCGACCGAUGAUAUAUAGUGCGUGCAAUAGAGGAAAAACCUGGGUAAAUGGCUCAGCCCACGGAUGAAACCACGAUGGAGAUGUUAGUAAAUGUAGAAAAUACUUUAUUAGCCAGACAACGCGUUGCGGGGCUUUGGAUCCCCUUCAGGUAUAAUGGCAUCAUAGCAAACAUAUCCUCCAAGUCACAAUAAAUUUCCAGUGCCAACUUCUAGUCACAUCAGUGUUGUGGACAUAGAGAAGUGCAGUGCUUGUACUCACUGAGAAUUUUUAUGCCAGCCAUUAACCUCCCAGUCACGUUAUUCAGCAUUUUAUCAGAGAGGGGCAGAUAGCUUUUCGUUGCCUCAUACAUAUCAACAAGCUGCCUUAACUGCAUGAACCUUAUCACAGGAGGAAAGUGUGAUUUUUCAGCGCAAUUCUGAGUAUUUUUCCCACAAGAAAUCAUCUGCUGCUUAUACUAGUCUGUAGACUGUCACAGAGUAUUAAAGAAUGGUGUCAACUGCUGGUUAUUAUACAGAGUGCAAUUUUGGGUUUAAUACCCUUUUUUUUUUUUUUUUUUUGUGGUGCUGCACUGUUGUGUCCUGCUGCUGUGCAAAAAUACGUAUUUUUAUUCAGCGAACUGUAGUGCAUUUUUCUGCCCUCAUACCUACAUCAAAGCAGUCUUCUAUUUUGAGCCUGUUAAUCUGUCAAUGGCCUACAUACUGUGAAAGUCCAAGCAAUAAUAAUCCCCGGUUUUACAAAAAUACCGUUUUUUGGCAUAUUGUAGCACAUUUUUCUGCCCUCAUCAGUGCAUACCGCAUACCUACAUCUAAGUAGUGUACUAUUUUGUACUUGUUAAUCUGUCAAGGGCCUAGAUACUGUGAAAGGACAGCCAAUAGUACACACCUGCUGCUGUUCUAGACAAAUACUGUUUUAAGUGUAGUGAAGCGUAUUGUACUUCCCUCAUAUACGCAAUAAGUAUGUCAGGAAUAGUAUUGCCAGGACGUGCACAGAGGUGUGGCAGAGGUCACAGCAGAGUAGGGGUGUGUGCUAGCCGGAGUCGCAGCGAGAGGUCUGAGCUCCCGGUGUCAGCUAGCAGUCGUGUCACUCCAGACACUGCACUGAACUACAUCAGGAUGACAAAGACCCUUUCACUAUCUGUCCCAUCGACCACAUUCCCAACCAUAUCCCCAACAGAUUUGAAACCUUAAUAAGAAGAGAGAUGUUCUGGAUCUUCCACCUGGACACACUACAACCGCAAGGUCUCAACGAAGCCACCAAACUAAUACGUUAAACCCCCUUACCUCAUCCUCUCCCCCCAACCCCACACAUCACCCGCCUAUACCCACCCCCAAAAUGAUAACCCCCUACAUAUUCCAUCCAUAUUCCCACAUCCCCCAAAUAGGUCCAUACUACAACCUAUAUGCACAUUGAAAAAACUGCUGUACAGUAACAAGACAGCGGAUAUGACAUACUAACAAUACAGCUGACAGCUACAUGUUAAUAUUAAUAUACAUAAACUUAGACCAAUGAUAUCUAUCUCAAUAGGUUCCUACAACAGCCUAUAUAAACAUUGGACACACCAGCAAUACAGCUGACAGCUGUACAGUUGCAUAUGAACAUACCACUCAGACCGGUGUUUAUAUUUAUACCCUCCUCUUUGCCCCUUGCACAUUAUGUGACCAAUGUAUACACCCUCCUGGUUGUCUCCAUGCACAAUAGAGGUGUUUAUUUGACCAAUGUAUAUACCCUCCUGUUUGCCUCCUUGCACAGCAAAUGACUAUUGUUUUUUUUCCCUCCUCGUGACAAAUGUAUAUACCAUAUACACCGCCACAUCAUUGCACAAUGUAAGCGCAUCUAACCCACUGCCACAUCAUUACAAAAUGUAAGUGUAUCCAUUUCACACUGCAGCAUAUGUGGAUUUCAUGUAAUACACUGCUGCCACCUACUGGCAAACCACAAUAUCUACAAACCACCCAUUCAUAACAUUACACACACUACAAACCAUCCAUUCGUUUCCUCUCACUUCAACAACCUACAUUCAACACAUCCCUAUUCAAUUAAUGUGUUCUCCUUAUAAGGCAUCCUAUUGACCCAGUUCCCACGCCAAUUGACCUAGAUCUGUCACACAUAAAUUAAAGAAUAACUAUACACUCACCUGCCCGGGAUUUGAACCCACAGCAGAGUCUCCCAUACACUCCGCAAACCCCCUUCCUCCUGUACAGCAUUUAUCUCCUCUUCCGAGAGUUCUCCAUAGACCACAACGUGCCCAUGUAUUCCAACAGGCAGACAAUCAGUGUUAUAGAGCUACCCCACUCUGUCCUAUACACCACCACCACAAUAAGGGGAGGCUGACGUCACAGACCCAGCCUCCAAUGGAAAUCUAACUCGCCAAAUUCAAAUGUUAAUGUAUGAAUGCAUAUGUAUAUAUUCUGUACACUGUUUGAACACACUGUAAUGCGGACCUGACGAAGGAGGGAGCCCCUCAGAAACGUUGUCCAUCCUGAAUAGAUCCUUUUUAUGACUAUUAAUAAAAAGUGAUCACCACCA